AUGGAGCCGUCGGGGCCCUUCCCCGACCCCGCCGGGGCCGAUCCGGACGCCGACGAGCCGCGCUGCCCGGGCCCGCCCUCGGGGGACGAGCCGCGCCCGCCCGCUGCCGCCGCCGCCGCGCUGCCCAGCCUGGCUCCGGCGGCGGGGCCCCUGCGGGCUCCUCCCCCGGUGGCCGCCCUCCGCCCGGCCUCUCGCCAAGGCAGCCAGCCCAACGUGAGCGGCGACCACUGGGCGGGCCCCCCCGGACACUCGCCCAGCUCCAGCGGCGGUGGAGGUGGCGGCGGCGGCGGCGGGGGGGCGGGCGGCGGCGGCGGCGGCGGGGGGAGCAAGCACCGGCAGGCCAGCCCGUUGGCGCACCGGCGGGACAGCAACCCGUUCACCGAGAUCGCCAUGAGCUCGUGCAAGUACACCGGCGGCGUCAUGAAGCCGCUCAGCCGCCUCAGCGCGUCCCGUCGGAACCUGCUCGACGCCGCCGCCGAGCCCGAGGCGCAGCCGCUGCAACUGCUGGCCGCCGGCGGGCCCGGCCCCCCGCCCGAGAUCGUCAUCUCCCGGGAGGACAACCACUCGCCCCAGGGCCUGCUCCGCCCGCACCCCAACGCCGUCGGGGCCGGCCCCGCCGCCGCCGCCGCCGCCCACAAGCACCCCGCGCCGCCCGGCGGGCCCGCCUUCGCCAAGGCGCACAAGCGCAAGAACCAGAACAUCGGCUACCGCCUCGGCCACCGGCGCGCCCUCUUCGAGAAGCGCAAGCGGCUCAGCGACUACGCGCUCAUCUUCGGCAUGUUCGGCAUCGUCGUGAUGGUCAUCGAGACCGAGCUGUCGUGGGGCUUGUACUCCAAGGGUUCCAUGUUCUCACUGGCACUGAAAUGCCUUAUCAGCCUGUCCACUAUAAUUUUGCUGGGCCUCAUCAUCGCCUACCACACCCGAGAAGUUCAGCUCUUUGUGAUCGACAACGGCGCAGACGACUGGCGGAUAGCCAUGACCUACGAGCGCAUCCUCUACAUCAGCUUAGAGAUGGUGGUGUGCGCCAUCCACCCAAUCCCCGGGGAGUACAAGUUUUUUUGGACGGCCCGGCUGGCCUUCUCGUACACGGCUUCGCGGGCGGAGGCCGACGUGGACAUUAUCCUCUCCAUCCCCAUGUUCCUGCGCCUCUACCUGAUUGCCCGCGUCAUGCUCUUGCACAGCAAACUCUUCACGGACGCUUCCUCGCGCAGCAUCGGGGCCCUGAACAAAAUCAACUUCAACACCCGCUUCGUCAUGAAGACGCUCAUGACCAUCUGCCCCGGGACCGUCUUGCUGGUAUUCAGCAUCUCCUUGUGGAUUAUCGCCGCGUUGGACCCCGGUGCUUGCGUAAGUCGCGAUGGAAGCAGAGAUGACGGGAUCUGCAGCGGAGUGAGGGUGGUGGUGGUCGUGGUGGGAGGCAUCCAAAACAGAAGGUCUGCCCCAAAGAGAAUCUGCAUUCGUCUCAGGGCAGAGCACCAGCGGGUAAUCAGCCAUGAUCUCUUGUCCAUCUGCGCGUGGUUCCCCCGAGGCCGUUCCUUUCCAAAAAUGGAAGGCAUUUUUUGA